AUGGCCAACGUAGCCAUAAACUUGCCCUGCUUUCGAGAUUCGAAACAUUCUGUUCCUUUUAUUACAACACACUCCAAUUUAUAUCUCAUAAAAUCUAAUUUGCUUGCCUUGCAGAGUAACGAGCAGUCCAACGAGCAGUCCUCCAUAAAUCAAGGUUUUAGCAAAAAUUACGGUACACUCUCACCAUCGACGCCUACGCUUACUGCGGAUAAUCUCACUUACUCCUGGUAUAAUUUGGAUGUUUUUGGGACGGUACAUCAACCUGGCUCGGGUUGGAAGCAGCUGUUAAAUCGGGUGAAAGGCGUUUUCUGCAACGAACGGCAUAUACCCGCACCGCGUAAGCAUCUGCUCAAAAAUGUCUCCGGUGUCGCUUACCCUGGCGAAUUACUUGCUGUGUUGGGCAGCUCAGGCGCCGGCAAAACCACACUCCUCAACGCGAUUGCCUUUCGCUCUUCAAAAGGUGUACAAAUUUCGCCAUCCAGUGUCCGCAUGCUCAACGGUCAACAUAUCGAUGCCAAGGAGAUGCAAGCACGUUGUGCCUAUGUCCAACAAGAUGAUCUAUUCAUUGGUUCGCUUACCGCGCGCGAGCAUCUUAUAUUCCAUGCAAUGGUGCGCAUGCCACGGCACAUGACCCAGAAGCAGAAGGUGCAACGCGUUGAUCAGGUCAUACAGGAUCUCUCUUUGGGGAAAUGUCAGAAUACGCUGAUUGGUGUGCCGGGACGCGUCAAGGGUUUGUCCGGCGGUGAACGCAAGCGUUUGGCAUUCGCCUCGGAAGCACUUACGGAUCCACCGUUGCUGAUUUGUGACGAGCCGACAUCGGGUUUGGACUCAUUUAUGGCACACAGCGUUGUACAGGUAUUGAAGAAGUUGUCUCAGAAAGGGAAAACCAUUAUACUGACUAUACACCAACCGUCAACCGAGUUAUUUGAGUUUUUCGACAAGAUUCUGUUGAUGGCGGAAGGUCGAGUGGCCUUUUUGGGUACACCUGGAGAGGCGGUGGACUUUUUCUCAUACAUUGGCGCUCAGUGUCCGACCAAUUACAACCCUGCAGACUUUUAUGUACAACUUUUAGCCGUAGUACCAGGCCGAGAAGUUGAGUCACGUGAACGUAUAGCCAAAAUUUGUGACAACUUCGCUGUGGGAAAAGUCUCGCGCGAGAUGGAGCAAAGUUUUCAGAAACUAAAGAAGCCCAAUGGCUUAUCCAGGGAAGACGAGAAUGGGUUUACGUACAAAACCUCUUGGCUCAUGCAAUUUCGUGCGGUACUUUGGCGCUCCUGGCUGUCGGU